GGGUGGUUGGGGCGUGGCUAGGGGGCAGGUGACCCGCUCUUCAGCGCGUGGGCAGCAUCGCUAAGAUGGCGGCAGCGGCGGUUCCCGGAGUGAACGGCUCUGGUGCAGCCAACGCUUCUGGGGGCUCUGGGGCGGUGCUUCAGACAGCCGCCCUCAUGUACGAGCAGCUCAAGGGCGAGUGGAACCGCAAGAGUCCCAAUCUGAGCAGGUGCGGCGAGGAACUGGGCCGCCUCAAGUUGGUGCUGCUGGAUCUCAACUUCCUGCCCACCACGGGGACAAAGCUGACGAAGCAGCAGCUCAUCCUGGCCCGGGACAUCCUAGAGAUUGGGGCCCAGUGGAGCAUCCUGCGCAAGGACAUCCCCUCCUUCGAGCGCUAUAUGGCCCAGCUCAAGUGCUACUACUUUGACUACAAGGAGCAGCUCCCUGAGUCGGCCUACAUGCACCAGCUCCUGGGCCUCAACCUGCUCUUCCUACUCUCCCAAAACCGAGUGGCCGAGUUCCACACGGAGCUGGAACGGCUGCCCGCCAAGGACAUCCAGACUAACGUCUACAUCAAGCACCCCGUGUCCUUGGAGCAGUACCUGAUGGAAGGAAGCUACAACAAAGUGUUCCUGGCCAAAGGCAACAUCCCAGCCGAGAGCUACACCUUCUUCAUCGACAUUUUGCUGGACACCAUCAGGGACGAGAUCGCGGGUUGUAUUGAGAAAGCCUAUGAAAAGAUUCUGUUUGCUGAAGCCACUCGCAUCCUCUUCUUCACCAACCCCAAGAAGAUGACUGAGUAUGCCAAGAAGAGAGGAUGGUGCCUGGGCCCCAACAAUUACUACAGUUUCAAGUGUCAGCAGCCAAAGCCGGAGGACACAACCAUCCCCUCCACUGAGCUGGCCAAGCAAGUCAUUGAGUAUGCCAGGCAGCUGGAGAUGAUUGUCUAAGCUCAUGGGAAGGGUUGGGGUGGGCAGGGUAAGAGGUAUUUAAAAGGGAAAUAGUCAGGGGGCAGUAAAUGACAUGGGAUGGCAAAAAAAAAAAUAAGAAAAGAAAAAGCAACCAUUUUCCAAAAAGUACAUUGGCCAAGAAGGUUUUCAUUGCUAAGGCCAGUGCCAUGUGAGAGUAAGCCUAGUAUCAGCCCCUAAGGGUAGAGAAUAUGUUUUGUUUAUGUUUGUAUCUCCAUCAAGUGCCUGGGAGGUACUAAAUAAAUGUUUAUUGAAUGAA